CUAAACCCAAACCAAAUUUAAAUAACAAAAAAAAAAAGAAAUAACCCGAAGCUAGAAACCCUAAAACUAAAAGCGAUUUUGGAUCUGGAAAGGCGAAGCUGAGGGUGAACCAUGAGCGGCGAUACUAGUGAUUCCUCCAGUUACUUUGAUGGGCGAGAGCCAGAUGAACUGAUCAGGGCCCUCGUCCAGAAAUGGCCGGGUACCGAUGGUAAAAUUACGGUCGGUUUGCACUUUUUGGAUCUGGAAAGCAAUGAAGUCUUUAUUAAGGCGAUGCCACCUGAUGCUCCUUUUUGUUCCACUGCCGUUGCCUGUGGCGACCACGUUUACGUUAUUGGGGGAAUACGCCAAAAUGAUGCUACUCUUUUUGAUAAUGAUGGUGUAAACGAUGUUUUCCAAUUAGAUUUGAAGGACCUCGAACGUGGGUGGAGAAAAACUACUUCUAUGUUGUUCCCUCGGGUUUUGCCCCGGGUUGUUGCUGCUGAAGGAAAGAUUUUCGUCUUCGAAUAUAUGGGUUCUGAAUCUUUUGGUGAGGUUUACGAUAUAAGUGGGGAUAUUUGGGAACCAUUGUCGCCCCCUCCGGAAGAUAUCGAUCUAUGUGUUCCUGUUCUAGAUUCUUCCCGAUCUCGGAUUUUGGUGCACUGCAAUGCCAAUGAUACUCUUUACGCUUAUUACUAUGAUCGUAAAUCAUGGGUUUGCCUCGAACAAAAAUUUUGUUACUGGUCUGACGCAGCGACAAUCGUGGACGAUGUGCUGUAUACUGCCAUUUAUAAUUAUUAUGAUAAGUUCCGUUCUUUGGAGGCGUAUAAUUUGCUUGAUAAGAAACAUUUGCCCGUCAAAUGGUCAUCAGAAUUUUCAGUGGAUCCACAUGGCACUCUGUAUCGUUUGGGCAAUGGCAAGUGUAUUUUCGUUUGGUUCAACCGUCUCGAUAAGAGUUUUGAGUACAUAAGAUUUCAUAUUUGGUGCAACGAGCAGGGAGGGAUUCAUGCAGCUGCAGAGCAUCAAUCUGCCAUCAGUGUUCCAUAUCCCAAAGAUAUUUCUGAUAUAAAGUUGUUCUGAAUGAAGGCCUCAGCUGGAACGUGUUGGUGCAUGGAGUUGAGUCAAGCCCCAUGUUAAUGGUGAAGAGAGACUUUGAAGAUGCCGUCAAUUAUUUUGGUUAAAACUUUGAAGUUGUUGAUGUAAUUGGAUGCUUUCUUUUUGGAUACCAAAAUAUUGACAAUGUUAAAAGUAUAUAGUAUUGUGAUUUUGCACUUUA